UUUUGGAAAAUAGAAGCUCAACAUGUGUGAGACGGCCAGAGGGAUUGUGCGCUGAUUAGGCUUUCCCACGAAGGAAAAGUGCGCUCCCGUUGCGUGUUUUUCGAAGGUGAUAUAAGCGACCUUUCGGUGUUCGCAUUACUAUGUCUUCUCCGCGUCGCCACGCGAAGUCGCAGCUCCGUCAACAGCUCGCUCGCAGCUCGCCGCCUUCACCACCGUCCUCGCCGGAUCUGAUCGCUCGUCGCAUUUCGAGCUCCCCGUCCCCCGCCGCUCCGCGUUCCAGUGCUUCGCGAGGCACUGCGCCCCGCCUUGCCUUUUUUUUGCUCCUUGAAGCGAGAUCUGAUCGACCGCCUGCAUCAUCAUUUAGAUCCUUCUAGAUCGUUCGUCAGUCGUCUACAUUAGGGCUUUAGUGGCAUUGUUUAUCGCAAAUGGAUCCACCUGGGGCGGGCCCACCUGGAAUAUCUGAACCACCUGACGGACCACCUGGAUUGUCUCCUGGACCACCAGGGCCACGUGGCCCUCCUGAACACAUGCUACUUGGGCUCGGGCCGCGUGGACCUCCUGGGCAUGGCUCUUCCGGAUUUGCGCCACGUGGACCUUCUGGAACUAUGCCACCGGGCAUGCCGUUUCCACGUGGAAUGAACUCACCUGGGCCACGUUUCCCCGGUCCUUCUCAUCCCCCCCGUCCGCCGCAUUCUCCGCUUGGCGGAUACCCCUUUUCUCCGCCACCAUCCGCGCAUGGCGCUAAUCCAAGAGCCCCUCCGCCCUUCGGGGGAGGUCCGCCCCAUAACCCACAGGCGGGCUUUCCGCCAGGUAUGCCAGGGGGAGGGGAGCCGCCGUGGGGAGGACACCCUGGCGGGGGUUAUUACGGGGCGAACCCUCCUGUGGGAGGAGCGCCUGGGGGAGGUCCAGGCGGGGGAGGGCCGUCACUGCCAGGGCCGCCGGCAGGGCAAGCGGCCGGACAUGGAUAUGGGCAUGGCGGUUUCCAGGGGGCACAGCAGCAGCCGCCGCAGCAGCAACAACAGUACCAGCAGCAGCAGUAUCAGCAGGCACAUCAGCAGCAGGGGCCGCAUUUCCCGCAGCAGUUCCAGCAGCCGCAGCAGCAUCCGCCGCCGCAGCAGCAGCAGGUGGCUGCACGGCCGCCGCCAGGCGUGUGGCAUGUGACGGCAGUGACGGACGGCUCGGCGCCGCCAGCGGCAGGGAUGCAGCCACAGGGGCAGGGACCGCCGGGGCCUCAGCCCUUUCACGGACACUCCAUGCCUCAUGGGCCGCCGCACCCACCACUCCCUGGCUCCGCCCCUCAGCACCAGCAGCAGCAGCAGCAGCCGCAGCAGCAGCCGCAGCAGCAGCCGCAGCAGCAGCCGCAGCAGCAGCAGUACCAGCGCCAGCAGCAGGAGGGGGCGCAUUUCCCGCAGCAGUUCCAGCAGCCGCCUGCUCCCGCUGCGCCUCCUCCUCCAUUUGCGCCGCCUGCUCCUUUCGGCGCUCCACCACCUCCGGUUCCUCCCCAGCCCGCGUUUCAGCUCGCGGGAGCACCGCCUCCGCUCACUCCUGGCCCCCCGCCCCCGCUGCUUCCCGCCGCAGCAGGCGCUGUGGGAGGCUUAGCCGGGGAGGUUCAAGGCGGCAUGCCGCCAGCACUAGCAGCAGCAGCAGCAGCAUCGGAGGCCCAGCCAGUAGCCACGGCAGCAGCAGGCGCUCCCUCCCCUGCUGCUGCUGCUGCCCCUGUCGCCGCUCCUGGCGCACCUGCCGCUGCUCCCGCCCCUCCUGACGCGCCUGCGACAGCUGCCGCCGCUGCUACAGCCGCUGCCGCUGCCGCUGCUGCGCCUGCGCCUGCUACAGCCCCCCCCACCCCUCCCACCGCCAUCAGCUUAAAGGCCAACCCCCCGCUCGCCCCGCAGCCCCCCCUUCCCCCCGCGUGGCUGCAGGCGGCCGCCGCCAUGGCGGCUGAAGCGGCCAAGGGGGAGGAGGGGAAGGGGAAGGAGGGGGGGGAGAAGGAGAAGGAGGAAGCGGCGGAUUCGGGCGUGGAGGCGUGGACGGCGCACAAGUCGGAGGAGGGCGUGGUGUACUACUACAACACGGUCACCGGCAAGUCCACGUACCACAAGCCGCCCGGCUUCAAGCUGCAGGAGGACAAGGUGGAGAAGCAGCCCACUCCCGUGGCAUGGGAGCGCGUGCCGGGCAGCGACUGGGCGCUGGUGUCGACGAGCGAUGGGAAGAAGUACUUCUACAACACCGCCACGCAGGACACGAGCUGGCAGGUGCCAGCGGAGGUGCUUGAAGCGCGGAGGAGGCACGAGGCGGAGGAGGAGGAGCGCGCGCGGGCGGCCAGCAAGCUGUCCUUCUCGCUGGGGGGGAGGGGGGGCACGGCGCCAGGCAAGGCAGGCGGAGCAGCCUCAGGGAAGGCGACCGCGCUGGAAGUGGUCAAGAAGAAGCUGCAGGAUUCCGACAAAGAGGCUAAGGCUGGCUUGCCAGCACCUGCCGCUGCUGGUGCUGCUGCUGCUGGUGGUGCUGCUGCUGUGGUUGGUCCGAAACUUGGUGCUGCUGAGACGACUAAGGCUGAGAAGAUUGGUGAAGGGGCGAAAGGGGAGGAGGGGAAGGAAGGCAACGGAGUCAACGGGGUCAAGGAGGGCGAGCAGGGCGAAGAGGACGGGGGAGGGGAGGAGGGAGGAGGUGAAGGGUCGGGGGGCAAGGGAGGCGGGGAGAAGGAUGGUGGGGAGGUGCCGUUGGAGGAGCUGAGUAUGGAAGAGAGGGCCGUGAAGUUCCGAGAGCUGCUGAAGGAAAAGGGCGUGGCGCCGUUCUCCAAGUGGGACAAGGAGCUGCCCAAGCUUAUCUUCGACCCGCGCUACAAGGCCAUCCCCACCAUCCCCGAGCGCCGCGUCAUCUUUGAGGAGUUUGUGCGCACGCGCGCCACCGCGGAGCGCAAGGAGAAGCGGUCGGCGCACAAAGCAGCGGUGGAGGCGUUCAAGGCGCUGCUGGACGACAUGGAGGAGGGCGGGGACCUCGCACACGACUCCACUGUAGCCACGCUGCUGGAGCACAGCAAGUGGGGCUCGGACCCGCGCCUGCGCUCCGCUGCUCUUGAGGACAAGGACCGACUCUCGCUCCUCAACGAACGGCUGGUGCCGCUGAGGCAGGAGGAGGAGGAGCGGCAGCAGCAGUGCAAGGAGGCGGCGGAGGAGGCGUUUGUGGAGAUGCUAAAGGAGUACCGCCGCAAGCGCUACAUCACGCUCUCCUCCCGCUGGUCCAAGCUGCGUGAGGAGCUGAAGGAGGACGAGCGGUACAGUGCGGUGCCGCACUGGGAGGACCGCGAGCGGCUGUUUGACGGCUUCAUGGACGCGCUGCAGAGGGAGGAGGAGGAGAAGGAGCGGGACGCCAGGAAGCGGUGGGAGGAGGAGGAACGAAAGCGCGAGCAGGAGAGGGAGGAGAAGCGGCGGCGACAGCGGGAGGAGGAGAAGAAGGAGAGGGAGCGGGCGCGGGUGCGUAGGAGAGAAGCCAAGGAGGACUUCGAGGACCUGCUGAGGCGCGAGAUACAGACGCCCAAUAUCUCGUGGAUCGACGCGCGGGAGAAGCUGGAGGAGGACGAGGCGUCGUGCUAUUGGAACAAGGAGCUCACCAGCCGCGACCGCCAGGACCUCUUUUACGAGCACAUGGCGCGCCUCAUCAAGCGCGUGCAGCGGGAAUUCCGCGAGCUGUUAGAGGAGGAGCUAUCGGUGGCCGCCAUCUCCGAGGCCCGCGAGGACGGGCUGCGACUCGCCUCGGCGUGGGCCGAUGCAAAGAGCGUGCUUCGGCACCAGGACCGGUACCGCGACCUGGUUCGGCACGAGCGGGAGGAGCUGUGGCGGGAGCACGUGCGGAGCAUUGAGGGCGAGCUUCGGGAGGCCGGGGUGAUCGAUGAUGAUGGGAAGGAGGAGGAGAAGGAGCGGGGGAGGGACGACGGUGAGGUGAAGGUGAAGGUGAGAGAGGAGGAGGAGAAGGGAGAGAAGGGCGAGAGAGAGAGCGAGUUGGGAGGAGAUAUUAGAGGCACGGGAGAGGACGAGGAGGAGCAUGGCGUGGAGGCCGGCACGGGAGGGCAGGCAGGGGGGGGUCGCGAGGGGGAUGUGGAGGGAGAACGGGGAGAGAAGGGAGGAGAGGAGCAAGGCGGCGAUGGGUGGUCGAGUGAUGGCGCAGAGAAGAGAAGGGAGGGGCGCGGGAAGGAAGAGAGCGCAGAGGAUGAGGUGGAAGGAGGGGAUGUGGGGAAGGGCGGGGGAGAAGGUGUGGCGCUGAGUGGUGGGGGUGUGGAUGGGCAGGGCGCAGAGGCGGAUGUUUUGAGCAGGGAGGAAGAGAAGGACGAGGCGGACGAGGAAGAAAGGAGGCGAGGGAAGGCGGAGGAGAGGAGAGGGAAAAGGAAGGGCGGUGGCGAUGGGGAGGAGGUGGACGAGUGCAGGAGGAGAGAGAAACGGGAGGAGAGGGGGGAGCGGAAGGGGAGUGAAGAUGAGGAAGAAAAGGAGGAGGAUGAGGAGGAGAGGGAUACGCGGCACAAGCACAGACACAGACACAGGGAGAGCCGAGAGGAAAGGCACAAGGAAAAGGAAAGGGAGAAGGAGAGGGAGAAGGAGAGGGAGAAGGAGAGGGAGAAGGAGAAGGAGAAGGAGAAGGAGAAACGGAGGGAUGAAAGGGAUGAGAAACGGCGGCAGCGGAGGCGGGAGGCGAGUGAGGAGCGUGGAGAAGAGGAGGACGAGGAGGCGAGGGAUGGGGGCGAGAAGAGGCAAGAGAGAGAGAAAAGCGAGAGGCGGCACAGGCAUGAGCACAAGCACAAGCAUAAGAGCCAGGGGCGUGAUAGGGAGGACGAGGAUGAGGAGGAAGAGGAGCGCAAAGAGAUGGGCAGAAAGGAGAGGAAGGAGGGAGGAAAGGACAGGGAGAAGAGAACGGAGAGCAGGAGGGGUGGUGCGACAGGGAAGGGGGAGCAGGAGGACGAAGGCUCAGAGGAGAACAGGGGUGAGAGGGAGAAGAGGAGCGACGGCGGGAGAAAGCGAGGUGCUGAUGGGGAGAGGGAGGAAGGGGAGGGGAAGAAGGCGCACCGGAAGGAUGGGGAGAGAAGGGAGGAGAAAGAGGAGAGGGGAGGUAGGGGGAGAGAGGUGAGGAAGGAGGAAGAGAGGGAGGAGAGAGGGAAGAGAAAGGAGAGAGAUGAGAGGAAGGAGAGAGAAAAGGGGGAGGAAAGGGAGGAGAGGAAGCAAAGGAAAGGAUACAAGAGGAGGGAGAAAGGCAAGGAGGACCGCCGGGCGAGGGAUGGGAGGCACGGGAAAACUAGGGAUGGGGGGAAGAGUGAAGAGGAAGAGGAGAGGGGGAAGAGAAACGACGACGAUGAGAAGUGGGAGGAGAAGCACAGAGACGACUCGAAAAGGGAGGGCCGUGGUAGAGGAAAGAGAGAAAAGGUUGACUCGGAUAGCGACGAUGGUGAUGAUGAGGUGGUGGAGAGAGAGAGGAGAACAGGAGGAGAGGAAACGAAGAGGAAGGAUGAAAGGAGGGGCGAGAAAGGAGGAGGUGAGAGAGAUGACUCUGACACUGCGGACAAGAAGAGAGAGAGGAGGGAAGACAGGAGCACGGCUUACAAUGGCUGUAAACCAGAGAGCGACGGGGACAGUGAUGGUGGGGAGGAGAGGGGGAGUAAGGGGGGGAGGAGGGACAGGGAGGAGGAUAGCGGGAACGCGAAGCACAGGGACAAAGUCAGGGGCGGCAGGGACGGUGGUAGGAAGAAGGAGGAUUGGAAUAAGGAGAAGCGGAAGGAGAAGGCAAGAGAGAGUUUCUCAGAUGAUGAUGACAGUGAGAGAGGCGAGAGAGGCGAGAGAGGCGAGAGAGGCGAGAGAGGCGAGAGAGGCGAGAGAGGCGAGAGAGGCGAGAGAGGCGAGAGUAGAGAGGAGAAGGGAGUUGAGGAAAAGAAAGAGCUGGAGACUCCAGAGAAGAAAGGGGCGAGGGGGAGGGGAAGGGAGGAGAGUGGGAGGGAUGGGAAGAGGAAGAGAAGGGAGGGACGGUGGGACUGUGAAGAGGAGGAAAGUGAUGGCGGUGAGAGGGGUGGGGGGGGCAGGAAGAGGGGAGAAGGCAGAGUGAGGGAGGGUCAGGAUGCAGAUGAGGCGAGGAGGAAGGAGAGGAGGGGCAGCAAGCAUGAGAGAGGGAGGAAGGAUAGGGAAGGUCGGGGCGAUGAGGACGGGGAGCGGGCGAGAGGGAAUGCGGAAAAAAAGGGACGGAAGAGAGAGAGGGGUCGCAGUGAGUCGGACGACAGUGAUGGAGAGAGGAGGAAGGGCAGGAGGGAAGAGGCGAUGAAGGAGAGGGAGAAGCCGAAGGGGAGAGAGAAGACUGAGGGACGAGAGGAGGAAGAAAAGGAGGUGAAAGGAAAGGCUGUGGCACAGCGCUAUGGGCCCGACACCCCUGAGAGCUCUCGUGAGGUUGAAGAGAGCGAUAGGGAGGGGAGGAGGAGAGAUGGGAAGCGAGGGAAGAGAGAAAGGAGCCCAAGCGUUGAGAGGAACAGCGAGUCAGAGGGGGGGGGUGAGGUGGGAGGAAAGAAGGAGGGGAGGAGGGGGAAGAAGGGGAAGGUGAAGGAGGAACUAGAGGAGCGAAUCACUCCAAAGAAGAGAAUGGCGAGUGAGAGUCGGAGCGGGAGCGAGGAGAGCGGGAGAGAGCAGAAGGACAGAAGGGGAGGGAGCAGGGAGGAGAGGAAGCAGAGGGAGGAGGCUUCAGACGAGAGCAGCAGUGGGGAGGAAGAGGGGAGGAGGGUGGGGAGGAGAAGGAGUGACAAAAGGGUGGUGGAGAGGGAGAGAGGUGGCAGGAAGCAGGAGAGGGAUAGGAAGGGGGGUAGACAUGGGAAGGGGGGAGGUGACAGGAGCAGGAGCAGCAGUAGGGGCAGAGGCAGGAGCAGGAGCAGGAGCAGGAGUAAGAGCAGCGAGAGAAGAAGCAGGGGGGUGAGAGAUAGCCGAGGCGAAGAGGAUAAUAGUGGCCUGGAGAAAGGCUCGAAGAAAGCAGAGGGAAGGCAGGAGGAUAGGGGGAGUGCAAUGAAGAGAAAGCCGGGCAGCCAGUCUAGUGAGAAGGCAAAGCACAAGGUGAGGGAGGCGAGCGCAAGUGAGAGGAGUGGGAGUGAGAGGAGUGGAAGGGCAGAGAGUGAGAAAGACCAAAGCACUGACGAGGAUGAGGGGAGGGAGGGCAGCAGGAGCUCUAGGAAAAGGGGGAGCAGUGGGAGGAAGGAGAAGCAGUCGCCUUCCAAGAAUGGGCGGGAGAGAGCUGAUAGGGAAGGCAGUGUGAGCAGCAGCGAUGGGAGGAGGGGCGGUGGGAAGGCCAGGUAUCGGGAAAGGAGCAGUGGUAGGGCCAGUGCUGGAGGGCGGGAGGAGGAGAGGGGCAAGGAGGGGAGGAAGGGGAGUGAGAGUGAGAGUGGGGAUGGGGAUAGGGUGGCGGAUACGCACAGGCAUGGUGGGAGCAAGAGCAAGAGGGGGAGUAAUGAGAGUGAUAGCGACUCGGAGAGGGGAAGUGGAGGAACAGAGGGGGGGGACAGGAGGAACCGAGGAGGGAAGGGGAGGCAUGCAGAGAGGGGGAGAGACGCGAAAACUAGUGGGAGGGGCAAGAAGGCCGUGGAGAGUGGGAGUGAGAGUGAGCAGCGUAGUGCGAGUGAGAGUGGGAGUGAUUGAGAGACAGUGAGAAUGUGAGUGGGAAGGGGGGAGCGAGUGGUGUUGUUGGCAGCAGGGUGGGAGUUGGUAGUGAAAGCGAGAGUUGGUGGUGAAAGUAGGAGUUAUUGUUCUUGAAGGUAGUGGAGGCAGGGGGGUGCAGCUGUAGCCUCCGGCCUUGUGGCUGGUGCAACAGUUGUAGCCUCCGGCCUUGUGGCUGGUGCAACAGUUGUAGCCUCCGGCCUUGUGGCUGGUGCAACAGUUGUAGCCUCCGGCCUUGUGGCUGGUGCAACAGUUGUAGCCUCCGGCCUUGUGGCUGGUGCAACAGUUGUAGCCUCCGGCCUUGUGGCUGGUGCAACAGUUGUAGCCUCCGGCCUUGUGGCUGGUGCAACAGUUGUAGCCUCCGGCCUUGUGGCUGGUGCAACAGUUGUAGCCUCCGGCCUUGUGGCUGGUGCAACAGUUGUAGCCUCCGGCCUUGUGGCUGGUGCAACAGUUGUAGCCCCUCAGACUGUUGCAGCUGCAGCAGGAGCAGCUGCAGCAGGAGCAGCUGCAGCAGGAGCAGCUGGGGCAGGAGCAGCUGGGGCAGGAGCAGCUGGGGCAGGAGCAGCUGCGGCAGGAACAGCUGCGGAGUGUUGUGUGUCUGCAUGUGUGCAUGGGUGUAUGCUUGCAUGUGUGCAUGCGUGCAUGAGUGCAUGGGUGCAUGCUUGUAUGUGUGUAUGCGUGCAUGCUUGCAUGUGUGCCUGUCUGGAUGUGUGCAUGCGUGCAUGUGUGGAUGUGUGGAUGUGUGCAUGUGUGGAUGUGUGCAUGUGGGCUGGCAUGGGAAGGGGGGAUGGUGGCUAGGUCGUUUGUUUGGGCUGACGGGGGGAUGUGGAGAGGGCUGGUCCUGGGGGAUAGCGAGGGGGUUUGCAUCAGCGGGUAUGGCCAAGGAGUGUAGCUGAGUUUUUGGUGACAAAUUGAAUUGUUGGAUUCCGUGUGUUGAGCUUGAGACAUCGUAUUGGAUUGGAUCGUUUCUUGUAACUUCCUUCGUGGUAUGAAUGUUGAGCUGCCUUG